AUGGCUAGCCACAACUUAAAUCUCAACGACGAUGAGAUGUGGGACGAUUCUGUGCUCGUUGACUCCUGGAACGAGGCCCUAGACGAAUACAAGAAAUACCACAGCAUAUAUGCUAACGGCGGCACAAUAAAAGAGCUGAAAGCCCUGUCGUCUUCAAAGAAAGAAACCGAGGCGGAAGCAGCCCCGGACUCUGAUGAGGUUAAGAUGGAAGCAGACAAAACAUUACUCCAGGACAACUCACACGAGCGGAAAUCAGAUGGCAUCAAGUCUGAGGCCGCCAGUGUGGCUGCCAACCUGCCACCUCCACAAGCGGUGCUGGGAACCGUGAGAGACGAGAAUCUCAAGAAGCUAUUAAUGUCCUGGUAUUAUGCAGGAUACUACACGGGACUGCAUGAGGGGCAGCAACAAGCGCAGCAGCAGCCUCAAUGA